AUGUCCACCGAACAACUUCCUCUCCGAAGAUCGGUCAUCUUUGAACCUACACCGGGAACAGCAUCAAGAGAUACAACUUCUGAAGGAACCAUUGACAGUGACGUCGGCUGCCUCUAUUGCAGCGCCAGGCAUUCCGGACCAUCUCCAUCUAUAGCUCUUGAUACUUGUGUCCGACCAUCUUCAGAUACUACACGCAUCUUUCACGAUCGUGAAUCGGAUGAAAUCAGCGUGGCAGAUUCAGAGAUCACUGAGGCCGUGGACAUUGCUCUAGAAGAGGCCGCUGCCGAAGCAACUAUGCUGUCUCACAUCUCAGAAUGCAAAUCUCCACACGUUGAUGACUCAACUUAUGAUGCCGGAUCCAGAGAUAAAGCGAAUGCUGUUUGCUCGGAUUCCGAGACCUUGGAGCACCGUGAGUACAAUGGAAGUGGUACUCCUCGGUAUCAGCGUCGUCGAGUCACUCCGAGUCGCUCGAAGUAG